AUGUCAGACCCAGAUACGGAAAUUAGCGCCACUCUGGAAAUGUUGGUCAACGCGACCGUCACAGAAAUGAGCAAAGUUCUCGGUGUUUCUGACCCGAGACCAGAAGGAGAACCUUCAGCAGCUGAAGACACAGAGGAUGAUCCUGACCAAAAGGUAAAAGUAUAUAUUAGUGUCUUCGCUGACAGUUUCAGUCUCAAAUUCUCCGGUUUAGACUCUCCGGACUUUAACGAGCAGCCGGUCAUAGAAAUAGAAGAACUAGCUCGCUGCUAUAGUUCGCUUUAGUGAUUAAUCUCACAGAACCGUUCACCAUCAGACUGAGAUGCAGAUAAAAGUGUGUUUACAGGUUAAAUAAGAGGGAACCAUCUGUGUAUGUUUGAUAAAGCUGAAGCUACAAUAGGAAGAAUCCAUCUUUGAUCGCCAUUUUGAGCUGAGCUGCAGGUUCAGGCCCAUCUAUGUGCUGUAGGUCUACGGAGGGUUUAAACUCCAACUAAAUACUAAACCGGAAAUACACAAUCCACGGCUAACCUUAGAUUCUCCACUACAGUCAAUUAAAUAUCUUAAUUAUAACUGAUGUCUGAGUUUUAACAUCACUCUUAAUAAAUCUUACGGAGAUGGUCAUCAGUUUAUGGAGUCAGUGAAGGUUCGAAGCUCAUGGGUGAAGAAGAGGUUAGACAUUUAAAGUGAAUUUAGUCUUUAGUCUUUAGUUUGAUUAGAAAUAAAGAUCAUUUUAAAAGAGUUUUAUCAUCAACUGUGGUUUCUCUGAGCUCCAACAGGAGGUCAGAAACCUCAAAGUCCACCAUUUAAUCUUGGAGGACUAAUAAAGUCCUCAUAGUAGUUCAGGGGGAACAGAGACAGUAAAGGAGUCUGAGGAGAGGAUCAGAGUUUACCUUCAGACUGUUGAAACUUCUUCUCUUCAUAAAUACAGAUCUGUGGAUGUUCUCAGUCACUUUCUUAGUUAUAUGUAAUAAUAAUAAACAGAAUGAUUGUUCCAGUUAAAUAGAGUAAAAUAGAUAAAAAUACACAUGAAUGUGAAGAAGUGACUGUUAUUGAGGGAGAGAGAAGGUGAGGGGUAAGUUGACCAUAGGAGACCACUGUUUUUGUCCUGCUAUAUUCUGAAGAUGACAGUUCUGUUUACACUCAUUCUGAUGAACAACAUCCUGAAAUAUCUGCAGAGACACGAGUUAGAGACUAAACUAGGACUGACUUGAUGUAGUGAUCAUCUUACCCCACUCUCUCCGUAUGAAAACAGUCAGAAAUAUGUGAGUGUUCGUGUUUAUUUAGAAAACUUUCUGUGACACAGAUUUUCAGCUCCAAAAUAAGAAGACUGAUGACUCGUGUUGUUGCCUUCAGGUGAUCCAGUUCAGCAUCUUCAUGGCGUCUCUGGCUCGUGAAGCGAUGGAGAAGAUCUGCCAGCUUUUCCACGAGAGUUCGUCUCUGCUGCAGCUUGAGGUUCGUGUUGGUAUUGAAUGAAUGAAUGAAACUUUAUUUAACCAGAAAAAAACUCCUUGAGGUUAAAAAUCUCAUUUUCAAGAGUUUCCUGGCCAAGACAGGCAGCAGUAUAUUUACAGAGUUACAGACAUAAACAGUUACAGACAUAUGAGACAUAACAACCAGCUAAGUCAAAGUCGCAGAGCAGAACUUUUUUAGUCGAAGCACUUACAGCCCGCUUCAUCUUCCUCUAGGACCUUUAAUCUACAGUUAAAGAGAUUUAAGGAGACCCGCUCUCUAAGACACAGGUUUUCUUGGAGCAGAUUCCAGUUUCUGCAGGAGCAGCAGAUCUAAAACUACUUUUGCCCGUUUCAAGACGAACUUUGGGGACAGAUAGCUAAAGUAGAUUUUAUGUCUGAGUUGCAGAUUGAAGGCUGUAUCUUCCAGGACUUUAGACAUGAAUAUAAUCACACAGGUUUGGUGGAAGCAGGCGGAGUACAGCCGUGUAAAUCAGGAUGUGCCGAUGGAUCAGUCUACGCAUGGUCAGAGAGGGAGACCCAACUUGUUCAUACAGAGUACAACGAUGAGUUAAAGAUUUGAGGUUUGUUAUGAACCGUAGAGCGCCGUGAUGAACAGUUUCAUUUGUUUCCUCUCUUCAGGUGACACGAGGCGUUACAGAGAUUGAGGAGCUGAAAACCAGACUGGAGACGGCAGAGACAGAGCUAAAGCAGGUGCUGGAGGGCAGCAGAGGCCAAGAGGAGGUGGAGGAGGUGGAGGAGGUGACGGUGAGCCGGGGACCUCCACCCAACAGAGCAGAAAUGGUGAAGAGCGUUCGUCCAGGGAGGAGGGGUCUCAGAGGUGAGGGGUUCAUCUUCUCACAUUAAAAACAUCAACUUUGACUAAAAACAGACACUUCCUUCUCUCAGUUUAUGUUUAAUGGGUUUAAGUGUUUAAAUACUUAUGACCCAAAAACAAAUGUGACAUUUUUCAGCUGUGGCUGCGGAUCACGCUGGAGGGAAGAGGUCUUCAAUAAUUCACCUGUGGCAGGGCAGGAUGUACGAGGUAAAUCUGUCCUGUUUUUUCAGCUUGGUGAGGUUAAUGUGGGUUUUAUUCUGCUCCUUCUUCCUCACUUCUUGUUCUCGGCCUCCCUCUAUCAGAGAACUCACAUUAUAUAGACUUCGAUUAUUGUUUUUAAAUAAUCAUGUGGCUUUACGAGCUCUAAUUCAGAGGACAUUGUCUUUAUUUUGACCUUGUUCAUCCUCUUUCCAUCAGGCCAAUGUCCAGACUGUAGUUAUAAAGGAGGAAGAAGUGGACAUCUUUGCUGACCAGGUGUCCUCAGAUUCUGGUCAGUACAGAGACCAGGAGGACGGUGAGGACCCAGACUAUCAGGUAAACAUUAAAAGCAUUCUGUCCAUCUCUGCUUUAUUCCAGGAUGUGAUUUUUACAGAUUAACCAGGAGUUCCAGAUUUUGGGACCUGAGACGUGACUCAGUCAGAGUGCAGCUGUAUAAGUGAUAUAAAGACCGGCCUCUAAUUCGAGCCUGUUUCAUUCCAGGGCCUGGUUCCUUCCAUGUUGAUGUGAGUUUAGAGGUCUGUUUGUGUUUACAGUAUGAGCUUCAUCCAUGAACAGAAACUUCUUCUUCCUGGCUGCUGGAUGUCCACAGUUUCCUGCUCAGAGACAAAAGCAAAAGAGUCGAUUAAAAGAUCUUGAUUUUUGCUCUUCUGUCAGCUGGAACCAGGAGACCCAGAUGAUGGUGAUCCAGGACUCACUUCUAGACCCAAACGUGUCAUCAAGUCCAGGUCCAAUCGGGGGGGAGCAAAGAGGGACAGUCAGAGUCGCAAACAUGGCAAGAGGACUUUCCCCAAACUGCAGCGGCUCAUUAGUCAACAUGCUGGAAACAAGGCCAAUGCAGAGAAACCUUUCCACUGCUCCCAGUGUGGAAAAAGCUUCUCAUUCCAGAGGAGCCUCUCCGCACACAUGCUGCUUCACACAGGUGAGGCUUUUAAUGGAGUCUGCUUAUUGCCUCUGUUGUAUUUAAGGUCAAUGUUCACUCACAGUGGGUGGUCAGUCUUUUCACCAGGUAUUCACCUACUGAACUAAUGCAGUUUAGAACAGGACAGGUAGUGUACAAAGAGAGUUACAUUUAUUUGUUUUUUAAGUUUAUUAAAGGAGGGACCCUUGAGAUAUAGCAUCUCAUUUUCAAGGGGGUCUCCAAACAAACAUACACAGAACUCAGGACACAUUACAAUACAUUAACAUACAUAACAUAUAACAAAUACAGACACCUUACUCCCACACACAAUCCCAACCAACACACGCCUAAAAUCUUACUAAGGAGGAUAAAUAAUGUGAACAUAAAUGCAGAAAAGAGAUGAGAGUACAGUGCCAUUCUGAAGGGAUAAAAGAAGUAAGAGAACACAAAGAAAGAGGUCGUUUAUUCUAAUCUGAUGAGGCUUUAUACUGAAAUGAUCUUUUACCAACUUCUUUAAAGAUUCUAGGAACAAAGAAAAAUGGGAAGUUCAUCUGUCUAAGAGAGUACGGGGAGUUAUAUGGGAUCAAGAGUUCUUUUAAAUAUGAAGGUCAAUGGAGAUAAACACGUUUAAAGAGGAAAUGAAGUCAAUGAAAUUAUCGUCUUGAUUUGGGUUAUAACCAGUUCAGUGAGUCAAACAUAAAGCAGUGAUGAGUCAAACCAAAUCUACAUAAGGAGUUAAACAGUCAGAGGUCUGAGAUGAGAGUCAGAGGUGUUAUGGUAAACUAUAUCAGCAUAAUCAAUAAGUGGUAAUAUCAGCUGUGAUAUUAGUCUUUUUCUGACAUUUAAAGUAAAACUAUUAAUUGAUCGAUACAGUGAUGGAGGACGACCAUAUGACUUUUUGACGGUGUAAUCAAUAUGAGGUUUGAAGGUCAGUUCUGGAUCAAUCCAAAGUCUGAGAUAUUUAAAUGAAUCAACUUUGUCAACACCAGCACUAGUCUUAUCUUUCAACUGAGCGAGGAACACGUCAUUGGGCAUGAUUUUAUUAAAGGGAAAGAGGUCAGAGAAAGAACCAUGUAAGGAACUGAAAGUCCAAUAAGAGUCAAAGUGAUAAGAGCUCGAGAUGGAAGAGAAAUGAUGAUUAAAGUCAUUUGAAAUAAGAGAUGGAUCAGAGAUACGCCCAUUGUCAAACUGAAUCUCAUUUAAAGCUUUUUUGUUAUUUCUCUUAAGACUGUCUUGGAUUAUAAACAUUUUGGGACAAACCAUCUUUAUAGUAAUUUACUCUCUGAUGAUACACAUUUCUCUCGUGCACAGGUGAGAGACCACACACCUGUGAUGUUUGUGGGAAGGGUUUUACCCUGAAACAGCUUCUGAGGAACCACCAGCGUCUGCAUGCUGAUGUCCGACCGUUUCAGUGUGAACACUGUGGAAAGAGCUUCUACCGAGCUCACGGCCUGAAGAUACAUCAGAGGGUCCACACAGGGGAGCGGGCUUACAUCUGCGAAUACUGCAACAAAAAAUUCACAAUCCCAGGCAACCUGCAGCGACACCUGCGCAUCCACACGGGGGAGAAACCGUACAGGUGUGAGACCUGCGGCAAAAGCUUCAACCAAGCAGACACCCUUAAAGGGCAUCAGCGGAUUCACACAGGUGAGCGUCCCUUCAGCUGUGAGACCUGUGGAAAAAGCUUCAUCCAGAGGAACGUUUUGAAGAUGCACCAGAGGACUUCUCAUGCAGGAGAGAACAUCCUGGCAUGUGUAGCGUGCGGCGCUAAGAUGGCGUGUGUGGAUUCUCUUCGCAAACACAUCCAGACACAUGCAGCAACCAUCCCGUGUACGUGUGUGCUCUGCGGUCAGCGGCUCAGCUCCAUCACAGACCUGCGCUCACACCAGCAGCACCACACGGUGGUCCGGCCUCACACCUGCAGCCUCUGCUGGAAGAGCUUUAAGACGUCCAGUUACCUGAAGAUUCACCUGAAGGUGCACAGCGGGGAGAGGCCCUUCUCCUGUGACAUCUGCGGUCGCAUGUUUACCCAACUGAGCAGCCUUAAAUCUCAUAAGGUAGGUUAGAAACCUUUAAGUGUUUUUGGACUUAAAGGGAUUUUCUGGUGUAAAAUUAAUUUAGGGUCAAACCCACCGUAACACCGAGUUAGACCCCCCCUCCAGAGAUGAAUGUUUCCGACCGCUUGCUUCUCUAGUUAUACCAACUUUAGUAACUAGUUACCAAAAAAUACUCAAAUAAUAAACGUUUGCAGUGAAACUCCAAACAAAGUGACAUUAGCCUGAUAACACCUUUGUGAUGGUUACAGAUGAAACAGAGCGCUCUCUCUUUGAGCUGCUACAUUUGUUGGUUUUUAUGAAGGAUCUGACUUCUUCUCAUGAAGACUAAUGACAGUUUUCUCUCACCUGUCCAAAGGUGGUUCACACAGGAGAGAAACCUUUCAGCUGCGACACAUGUGGGAAAUGUUUCAGCAACGCAGGCAACCUGAGCAGACACCAGCGUAUCCACACGGGGGAGAAACCCUUCAGCUGCGACAUAUGUGGACGCAGCUUUAACCAGGGAAACAGCCUGAAAGCGCACCAGCAGAUACACACAGGGGAGAAACAGUACAUGUGCGACAAGUGUGGGAAGAGUUUUGCCUACCGGAGGAACCUGAAGGAUCACAAGUGUAUUUAUGUCUGAGUUCAGACUGAGAUGGGACGGAGAAAUCAAGUUUUUACCUGCCUGUCCAGGAAUUAAAGAACUGAUGGAGAAGUUCAUGUUCGCCUGUUCUUAAGAACUGUGAGACGGUCACUGUGUGUACUACUGUGGUUCAAAGUCAAACCUAAAAAAGCCAUCUAGUAGUUUGAUCCUGUGGAGUUAAAGAUCUUUUAGACUAAAACAGGUUAACUUAUUUUAUGUGUGCAGCGCCGACGAGUUUCAAACGACUGUAUUUCAGUUGUAAUCGGCGGAUUUUAGCAUCUAAAAAAGGUGCUUUCUUUUUUUAAAGUGGAGUUUCUGUUCCCACAGGUGAAUAAAACACAAACUGUGAGUUUCACAAAUAAAGUUGCUGUUUGUCUGAAGAGCUCAGAAAUUUAAGGUUGUGCUUUUUAAACUAUUUUAUCUGUAACUUACACCUGUGAGAAAUGAACAGAGUACUGCUAACUAUGUUUUCCUCUACACAUCGAUAAAAUGUUCUCCUUUUUCAGACGGCAAAUAAUGCAAGAAAAAAAAAUUGUGUGGAUUUUUUAAUGUCCAGUUUAUAAAAAGGUAACAGUCAUUUAACAGUGAGAAUGGAGACUGAAACGCUCCCUUGCUCACCCCUCCUGUUGAUGAAACUUCUGAAAGGAUGAAAAGCUCCUGCGUUGAGAACAGUUCUGCACUCCUGAAGUUUUACUAUUAAUACAAAUCCGUUUGCACGCGGUGGCAGCUCAUUGGGGGAAAUUUGGAUGUACAAAAUAUUUUGGGGAGGAACUCAGUGCAUAGAUGGUUUAGAUUUUCAUUUCAACAUUUAAGACGUACCAAGUUGGUAAAAAGAAUUUUUAAGAGGUUGUGAUUUAUAAUAAUAAAAAUAAUCAUAAUAAUUAAAAAUAUUAUGAUUAUGAUUCUUCUUCUUCCUCUUCUUCUUCUUCUUCUUCUUCUUCUUAUUAUUAUUAUUAUUAUUAUCAUUAUUAUUAUUAUUAAUAAUAAUAAUGUAUUUUGUUUCAAUUUAUUAUAUUUUAUUUUAUUUAUUUCAACAUCUAAGAAGUAGCAAGUUGGUUAAAAGAAUUUUAAGAGGUCAUGAUUUAUAAUAAUAAAAAUAAAAGUAAUUAUUGCUAGUAUUUAAUAAUAAUAAUAAAAAUAAUAAUAAUAAUAAAAAUAAUAAUAAUAAUAAUAAUAAUAAUUGAUUUUGUUUUAUUUUAUUGUAUUUUAGUUUUAUUUUAUUUCAACAUCUUAAAAGUACCAAGUUUGUAAAAUGAAUUUCAACAGGUUGUGACUUAUUAUUAUUUUUAUUAUUAUUAUUAAUUUAGGUUGUUUCAUUUUAUUGUAUUUUAUUUUUAUUUUUCCUUAGUACAGAAUUGAUGAUGACAGCCUGACUCACACUCCAUGAGUCAGUAGGUGGCGGUAAUGCGCCUGAUCGCCGUUUACAAACCGCCUAAAAAACUAAAGAAGAAGACGAAGAGGCGGCAGUUUGGAGUUUUGCUAACGCUAGUGUGAGUUCGGUUUUUACGAGAAAUGAGAAGGUUAUAGCACCAAAAAGCAUAUUUUAUAAAAGAGGACCGCUGAAAUUUAAUCAUCUUUUAUUCCUUAAACAUUAUUUGUCAGCAUGUCAGACCCAGAAACGGAGAUUAUCGCCAUUUUGGAAGUUUUGGCGAACACGACAAUCAUAGAAAUGAGCAAAGUUCUUGGUGUUUCUGACCCGAGAUCAGAAGGAGAACCUUCAGCAGCUGUUCUUGAAGACACAGAGGAUGAUCCUGACCAAAAGGUAAAAGUAUAUAUUAGUGUCUUCGCUGACAGUUUCAGUCUCAAAUUCUACGGUUUAGACUCUCCGGACUUAAACGAGCAGCCGGUCAUAGAAAUAGAAGAACUAGCUCGCUGCUAUAGUUCGCUUUAGUGAUUCAACUCACAGAACCGUUCACCAUCAGACUGAGAUGCAGAUAAAAGUGUGUUUAGAGGUUAAAUAAGAGGGAACCAUCUGUGUACGUUUGAUAAAGCUGAAGCUACAAUUGGAAGAAUCCAUCUUUGAUCGCCAUUUUGAGCUGAGCUGCAGGUUCAGGCCCAUCUAUGUGCUGUAGGUCUACGGAGGGUUUAAUCUCCAACUAAAUACUAAACCGGAAAUACACAAUCAACAGCUAACCUUAGAUUCUCCACUACAGACAAUUAAAUAUCUCAAUUAUAACUGAUGUCUGAGUUUUAACAUCACUCUUAAUAAAUCUCUAUCUGGCAGACAGAACCAUAGAUAAAUAUAUAUAAACGUUAGAUGUCUUACGCACGCUGUAAAGCCACACGGCGGCCAUUUUGCUACGGUCAGCUCUCCCACUCCUAACAUUCCAGUCUACGGUUCAUGUAACAUUUAAAUAACCAUAGAUUGAUUAAUUUUAAACCGAUUUUCAAACAGUUUGGUUUGUAACAAACCUCAGAGUUUUAAUUAUCUUCCUGCAUACUCAAGAAUAAUUUUAACCAUGGAUUUACAUAAAUAACCAUUAAACAGAUAGGUAGAUCAAUAGCUAUAGGCCUACACACACAAGGCAGUUAUAUUAAAUCAUUUAUAUAUAAAACAUUUAAUCAACCCAUGUUUGUUAUAUUAGUAAUAUUUCUAUUAUAGGGAUAACUAUACUAACAUAUAACAACAACAUAUAUAAAUAUUUAUUUUCUAUAUAAAUUUCUGCCUCAUGUUUCCAUAUUAGAUGUUUUUAACAAACCAAACAGUUUGGAAAUCAUGAACGACUUCAGUUAUGUUGAAUCUAAAGAGCAUUUCUGCCUCUUUAACUGAUUUAAAACUACUGGGUCAAAUAUGUACUUGGUCUUAGUUAGCUAAGUUAGACAGCUGAUAAACAGCGAGUUAAGAGGAUUUUUGUUCAUGCAGAUUUCUCACCUCCCAUCAGCUACCAUAGAGCGGACCAGAAUGGUAUACUGGAGUAAGAUGGCCACCUGUAGGGACGCCUGUGACUCUGCCCCAUAGAGUCAUCUAGCCUUUCUUAUAGAUAUCUACAGACAGAACUAUGUAAGCCUUGCUGGUUGUGUGUCCCGUCCCGCUCCUCUGUCUUCCGGGGUUCCACAGAGCUCAAUCCUAGGGCCCUUGCUGUUCUCUCUUUAUCUACUACCUCUGGGUUCCAUUCUUAGAAAGCAUGGUGUCUCUUUUCAGUGUUAUGCUGAUGACAGCCAAUAAAAAAGAAAGAAGCCACUUCUUGCAGGAGAGCACUUUGCGACAGACUAAUCCACGCCUUCAUCACGUCUCGGCUGGAUUACUGUAGCGCACUUUAUUAUGGGGUCAGUCAGUCUUCACUCGCACGUCUCCAGUUGGUCCAGAAUGCGGACGCUCGUCACUUAACUGCGUAACGGGGAGAACAUCACUCCUAUUCUGGCCUCCCUCCGCUGGCUGCCCGUGCAUUUUCGAGUCAUUUUAAGAUUCUUUUAUUUGUUUUUAAAACCUUAAAUGGUCUGACUGUCUGGCCCCAUCAUACCUCUCUGAGCUGCUUCACCCCUACGCUCCUGCCUGGUGCUUACGGUCAGAUACCAAGGUCUAAGCGGAGGCUCAGAGGAGACAGAGCUUUUUCUGUUGCUGCUCCUAUUUUAUGGAAUGACUUACCUCUCCACAUUAGAGAAACUCCCUCACUGUCCAUUUUUGUAAACCCUUCUUAAAACCACUUUUAUUCCUUAGCUUUUGACCCAACAUGAGACGGCAUUAGUUUUAUUGUUUUUAUUAUUUAUUUUUGUUUUAUAUUUUUAUGUUAUUAUGUACAGCACUUAUGUCAGCAUUAGCUGUAUUUAAAGUGCUCUAGAUAAAUAAAGUUGAGUUGAGUUAAUAAAUUAUGGAGAUCACUUGAAUCAAUGUGAUUAUUUUUUUCACAGUGUAUGAAAACAGUCAGAAAUACACGAGCGUUCAUGUUUAUUUAGAAAACUUAAUAUGACACAGAUUUUCAGCUCCAAAAUAAGAAGACUGAUGACUCGUGUUGUUGCCUUCAGCUGAUCCAGUUCAGCAUCUUCAUGGCGUCUCUGGCUCGUGAAGCGAUGGAGAAGAUCUGCAAGCUUUUCCUCGAGAGUUCGUCUCUGCUGCAGCUUGAGGUGUGUGUUGGUAUUGAACAUUAUGUGUUUGUGUUGCAUUUGUUUGUCAUCUUGGGUGAAAAUCAAUGUGAGUUUAUCAAAAAGAGAGCUCUGGCUGUAAACCUGACAGCUACAGGAUCUAAUCCAACAUUUACCAUGUUUUUAUUUUUCUCUCUUUUUUAAAGUCAUUUGUUUCCUCUCUUCAGGUGACACGAGGCGUUACAGAGAUUAAGGAGCUGAAAACCAGACUGGAGACGGCAGAGACAGAGCUAAAGCAGGUGCUGGAGGGCGGCAGAGGCCAAGAGGAGAUGGAGGAGGUGGAGGAGGUGACGGUGAGCCGGGGACCUCCACCCAACAGAGCAGAAAUGGUGAAGAGCGUUCGUCCAGGGAGGAGGGGUCUCAGAGGUGAGGGGUUCAUCUUCUCACAUUAAAAACAUCAACUUUGACUAAAAACAGACACUUCCUUCUCUCAGUUUAUGUUUAAUGGGUUUAAUUGUUUAAAUACUUAUGACCCAAAAACAAAUGUGACAUUUUUCAGCUGUGGCUGCGGAUCACGCUGGAGGGAAGAGGUCUUCAAUAAUUCACCUGUGGCAGGGCAGGAUGUACGAGGUAAAUCUGUCCUGUUUUUCAGCUUGGUGAAGUUAAUGUGGGUUUUAUUCUGCUCCUUCUUCCUCACUUCUUGUUCUCUGCCUCCCUCUAUCAGAGAACUCACAUUAUAUAGACUUCGAUUAUUGUUCUAAAUAAUCAUGUGGCUUUACGAUCUCUAAUUCAGAGGACAUUGUCUUUAUUUUGACCUUCUUCAUCCUCUUUCCAUCAGGCCAAUGUCCAGACUGUAGUUAUAAAGGAGGAAGAAGUGGACAUCUUUGCUGACCAGGUGUCCUCAGAUUCUGGUCAGUACAGAGACCAGGAGGACGGUGAGGACCCAGACUAUCAGGUAAACAUUAAAUGCAGAUGCAGAAAAAGCUUUCGACAGAGUUACUGGUCAGUCCUCAUCACCACCCUCCACAGCUUUGGCUCUGGGGAAUCAUUUAUUAACUGGGUCAGAACACUUCACACUUCACCGACAGCCACAGUCAUCACUCACAGACAAACUUCUCCAAGCUUCACUCUGCACAGGGGGAUUAUGUGGCAUUGUGUUAUUAUUUUUUAUUGUCAUAAUGAUAAUUAUUAUUAUUAAUUUUAUUAUUAUAACUAAGAUUACUAUUGUUGUUGUCGGUUGUUACAACAUCACCAUCAUUACCCUUGUUUUAUUAUCUUAUUAUUAUUAUUUUAUUUUAUAUAUUUAUUAUUAUUAUUAUUGUUAUUAUUAUUUUAAAUGGAUAAAUAAUUUAUUUAUUGAUUGAUUGAUUAAUUUUUUGAUUUAAUUUUUUGAUGAUUUUCACUACUUCAGUUGUGAUAUUAUAAUUUCACCUUCAUUAUGAGUAUUAUGUCAGUUAUCUCUAUUUUAUUGUCAUUAUGCCAUUUCAUAUAAGUUGAAUUAAUAUUUAGAUAUUAUUUUAUUAGUCAAACCAUUAUCGUAGCAUUUAUUCAUUUUUAUUUUUUUCUCAGUCAUCCGUUUAGUUUUCAUUUACUAUUUAUUUUACAAAUUUGUAUAUAUAUAUAUAUAUAGAUAUAGAUAUAGAUAUAGAUAUAGAUAUAUUUUUUUUAAUUUAUUUUUUUCUAAAUUUCUUCCUGGCUGCUGGAUGUCCAGAGUUUCCUGCUCAGAGACAAAAGCAAAAGAUGAUCUUGAUUUUUGCUCUUCUGUCAGCUGGAACCAGCAGAUCCAGAUGAUGGUGAUCCAGGACUCACUUCUAGUGUCACCAAGUCCAGGUCCAAUCGGGGGGCAGCAAAGAGGGACAGUCAGAGUCAGCAGCCUCUGAGCCGCAAACACGGCAAGAGGACUUUCACUGCUCAACAUGCUGGAAACAAGGCCAACGCAGAGAAACCUUUCCACUGCUCUCAGUGUGGAAAAAGCUUCUCAUUCCAGAGAAGCCUCUCCGCACACAUGAUGCUUCACACAGGUGAGGCUUUUAAUGGAGUCUGCUUAUUGCCUCUGUUAAAUUUAAGGUCAAUGUUCACUCACAGUGGGUGGUCAGUCUUUUCACCAGGUAUUCACCUACUGAACUAAUGCAGUUUAGUACAGGACAGGUAGUGUACAAAGAGAGUUAACCAGACCAGGUUCACUGUACAGGUUCCUAAACUCAACAUGAUGAGCUAAAAGAGGCUGAAAACCUGAGCAGGAUGUUUCAUUUCACCUGUGGAGCAGAGUUCUGUUUAUACACUCUGAUGAUACACAUUUCUCUCAUGCACAGGUGAGAGACCACACACCUGUGAUGUUUGUGGGAAGGGUUUUACCCUGAAACAGCUUCUAAGGUGCCACCAGCGUCUGCAUGCUGAUGUCCGACCGUUUCAGUGUGAACACUGUGGAAAGAGCUUCUACCUCGCACGCGGCCUUAAAAUACAUCAGAGGGUCCACACGGGGGAGCGGGCUUACACCUGUGAAUACUGCAACAAAAAAUUCGCAAUCUCAGGCAACCUGCAGCGACACCUGCGCAUCCACACAGGGGAGAAACCGUACAGAUGUGAGACCUGCGGCAAAAGCUUCAACCAGUUGGACACUCUGAAAGUCCAUCAGCGGAUCCACACAGGUGAGCGUCCCUUCAGCUGUGAGAUCUGUGGAAAAAGCUUCGUCCAGAGGAACGUUUGGAAGGUGCACCAGAGGACUUGUCACGCAGGAAAGAACAUCCUGUCAUGUGUAGCGUGCGGCGCUGAGGUGGCUGGUGUGGAUUCGCUUCGCAAACACAUCCAGACACAUGCAGCAACCAUCCCGUGUACGUGUGUGCUCUGCGGUCAGCGGCUCAGCUCCAUCACAGACCUGCGCUCACACCAGCAGCACCACACGGUGGUCCGGCCUCACACCUGCAGCCUCUGCUGGAAGAGCUUUAAAUCGUCCAGUUACCUGAAGAUUCACCUGAAGGUGCACAGCGGGGAGAGGCCCUUCUCCUGUGACAUCUGCGGUCGCAUGUUUACCCAACUGAGCAGCCUUAAAUCUCAUAAGGUAGGUUAGAAACCUUUAAGUGUUUUUGGACUUAAAGGGAUUUUCUGGUGUAAAAUUAAUGUAGGGUCAAACACACCGUAACACUGAGUUAGACCCCCCCUCCAGAGAUGAAUGUUUCCGACUGCUUGCUUCUCUAGUUAUACCAACUUUAGUAACUAGUUACCAAAAAAUACUCAAAAUUUAAACGUUUGCAGUUAAACUCCAAACAAAGUGACAUUAGCCUGAUAACACCUUUGUGAUGGUUACAGAUGAAACAGAGCGCUCUCUCUUUGAGCUGCUACAUUUGUUGGUUUUUAUGAAGGAUCUGACUUCUUCUCAUGAAGACUAAUGACAGUUUUCUCUCACCUGUCCAAAGGUGGUUCACACAGGAGAGAAACCUUUCAGCUGCGACACAUGUGGGAAAUGUUUCAGCAACGCAGGCAACCUGAGCAGACACCAGCGUAUCCACACGGGGGAGAAACCCUUCAGCUGCGACAUAUGUGGACGCAGCUUUAACCAGGGAAACAGCCUGAAAGCGCACCAGCAGAUACACACAGGGGAGAAACAGUACAUGUGCGACAAGUGUGGGAAGAGUUUUGCCUACCGGAGGAACCUGAAGGAUCACAAGUGUAUUUAUGUCUGAGUUCAGACUGAGAUGGGACGGAGAAAUCACGUUUUUACCUGCCUGUCCAGGAAUUAAAGACCUGAUGGAGAAGUUCAUGUUCACCUGUUCUUAAGAACUGUGAGACGGUCACUGUGUGUACUACUGUGGUUCAAAGUCAAACCUAAAAAAGCCAUCUAGUAGUUUGAUCCUGUGGAGUUAAAGAUCUUUUAGACUAAAACAGGUUAACUUAUUUUAUGUGUGCAGCGCCGACGAGUUUCAAACGACUGUAUUUCAGUUGUAAUUGACGGAUUUUAGCAUCUAAAAAAGGUGCUUUCUUUUUUUAAAGUGGAGUUUCUGUUCCUACAGGUGAAUAAAACACAAACUGUGAGUUUCACAAAUAAAGUUGCUGUUUGUCUGAAGAGCUCAGAAAUUUAAGGUUGUGCUUUUUAAACUAUUUUAUCUGUAACUUACACCUGUGAGAAAUGAACAGAGUACUGCUAACUAUGUUUUCCUCUACACAUCGAUAAAAUGUUCUUUUUCAGACGGCAAAUAAUGCAAGAAAAAAAAAUUGUGUGGAUUUUUUAAUGUCCAGUUUAUAAAAAGGGAACAGUCAUUUAACAGUGAGAAUGGAGACUGAAACGCUCCCUUGCUCACCCCUCCUGUUGAUGAAACUUCUGAAAGGAUGAAAAGCUCCUGCGUUGAGUACGGUUCUGCACUCCUGAAGUUUUACUAUUAAUACAAAUCCGUUUGCACGCGGUGGCAGCUCAUUGGGGGAAAUUUGGAUGUACAAAAUAUUUUGGGGAGGAACUCAGUGCAUAGAUGGUUUAGAUUUUCAUUUCAACAUUUAAGAAGUACCAAGUUGGUAAAAAGAAUUUUUAAGAGGUUGUGAUUUAUAAUAAUAAUAAUAAUAAUCAUAAUAAUUAAAUAUAUUAUGAUUAUGAUUCUUCUUCUUCUUCUUCUUCUUCUUCUUCUUAUUAUUAUUAUUAUUAUUAAUGUAUUUUGUUUCAAUUUAUUAUAUUUUAUUUUAUUUAUUUCAACAUCUAAGAAGUAGCAAGUUGGUUAAAAGAAUUUUAAGAGGUCAUGAUUUAUAAUAAUAAAAAUAAAAGUAAUUAUUGCUAGUAUUUAAUAAUAAUAAUAAUAAAAUAAAAUUAAAAAAAAUAAUAAUAAUAAUUGAUUUUGUUUUAUUUUAUUGUAUUUUAGUUUUAUUUUAUUUCAACAUCUUAAAAGUACCAAGUUUGUAAAAUGAAUUUCAACAGGUUGUGACUUAUUAUUAUUUUUAUUAUUAUUAAUUUAGGUUGUUUCAUUUUAUUGUAUUUUAUUUUUAUUUUACCUUAGUACAGAAUUGAUGAUGACAGCCUGACUCACACUCCAUGAGUCAGUAGGUGGCAGUAAUGCGCCUGAUCGCCGUUUACUAACCGCCUAAAAAACUAAAGAAGAAGACGAAGAGGCGGCAGUUUGGAGUUUUGCUAACGCUAGUGUGAGUUCGGGUUUUACGAGAAAUGAGAAGGUUAUAGCACCAAAAAGCAUAUUUUAUAAAAGAAGACCGCUGAAAUUUAAUCAUCUUUUAUUCCUUAAACAUUAUUUGUCAGCAUGUCAGACCCAGAAACGGAGAUUAUCGCCAUUUUGGAAGUUUUGGCGAACACGACAAUCAUAGAAAUGAGCAAAGUUCUUGGUGUUUCUGACCCGAGACCAGAAGGAGAACCUUCAGCAGCUGUUCUUGAAAACACAGAGGAUGAUCCUGACCAAAAGGUAAAAGUAUAUAUUAGUGUCUUUGCUGACAGUUUCAGUCUCAAAUUCUACGGUUUAGACUCUCCGGACUUAAACGAGCAGCCGGUCAUAGAAAUAGAAGAACUAGCUCGCUGCUAUAGUUCGCUUUAGUGAUUAAACUCACAGAACCGUUCACCAUCAGAGUGAGAUGCAGAUAAAAGUGUGUUUACAGGUUAAAUAAGAGGGAACCAUCUGUGUAUGUUUGAUAAAGCUGAAGCUACAAUAGGAAGAAUCCAUCUUUGAUCGCCAUUUUGAGCUGAGCUGCAGGUUCAGGCCCAUCUAUGUGUUGUAGGUCUACGGAGGGUUUAAACUCCAACUAAAUACUAAACCGGAAAUACACAAUCAACAGCUAACCUUAGAUUCUCCAAUUAAAUAUCUCAAUUAUAACUGAUGUCUGAGUUUUAACAUCACUCUUAAUAAAUCUCUAUCUGGCAGACAGAACCAUAGAUAAAUAUAUAUAAACGUUAGAUGUCUUACGCACGCUGUUAGCCAAUGGAGACCGACCUCUGCACACGGCGGCCAUUUUGCUACGGUCAGCUUUCCCACUCCUAACAUUCCAGUCUACGGUUCAUGUAACAUUUAAAUAACCAUAGAUUGAUUAAUUUUAAACCGAUUUUCAAACAGUUUGGUUUGUAACAAACCUCAGAGUUUUAGUUAUGUCCCUGCGUACUGAAGAAUAAUUUUAACCAUGGAUUUACAUAAAUAAACAUUAAACAGAUAGGUAGAUCAAUAGCUAUAGGCCUACACACACAAGGCAGUUAUAUUAAAUCAUUUAUAUAUAAAACAUUUAAUCAACCCAUGUUUGUUAUAUUAGUAAUAUUUCUAUUAUAGGGAUAACUAUACUAACAUGUAACAACAACAUAUAUAAAUAUUUAUUUUCUAUAUAAAUUUCUGCCUCAUGUUUCCAUUUUAGAUGUUUUUAACAAACCAAACAGUUUGGAAAUCAUGAACAACUUCAGUUAUGUUGAAUCUAAAGAGCAUUUCUGCCUUUUUAACUGAUGUAAAACUACUGGGUCAAAUAUGUACUUGGUCUUAGUUAGCCAAGUUAGACAGCUGAUAAACAGCGAGUUAAGAGGAUUUUUGAUCAUGUAGAUUACUCACCUCCCAUCAGCUACCAUAGAGCGGACCAGAAUGGUAUACUGGAGUAAGAUGGCCGCCUGUCAGGACGCCUGUGACUCUGCCCCAUAGAGUCAUCUAGCCUUUCUUAUAGAUAUCUGUAGACAGAACUAUGUAAGCCUUGCUGGUUGUGAGUCUCGCCCCGCUCCUCUGUCUUCCGGGGUUCCACAGAGCUCAAUCCUAGGGCCCUUGCUGUUCUCUCUUUAUCUACUACCUCUGGGUUCCAUUCUUAGAAAGCAUGGUGUCUCUUUUCAGUGUUAUGCUGAUGACAGCCAAUAAAAAAGAAAGAAGCCACUUCUUGCAGGAGAGCACUUUGCGACAGACUAAUCCACGCCUUCAUCACGUCUCGGCUGGAUUACUGUAGCGCACUUUAUUAUGGGGUCAGUCAGUCUUCACUCGCACGUCUCCAGUUGGUCCAGAAUGCAGACGCUCAUCAUUUAACUGCGUAACGGGUAGAACAUCACUCCUAUUCUGGCCUCCCUCCACUGGCUGCCCGUGCAUUUUAGAGUCAUUUUAAGAUUCUUUUAUUUGUUUUGAAAACCUUAAAUGGUCUGACUGUCUGGCCCCAUCAUACCUCUCUGAGCUGCUUCACCCCUACGCUCCUGCCUGGUGCUUACGGUCAGAUACCAAGGUCUAAGACUCUAAGCGGAGGCUCAGAGGAGACAGAGCUUUUUCUGUUGCUGCUUCUAUUUUAUGGAAUGACUUACCUCUCCACAUUGGAGAAACUCCCUCACUGUCCAUUCUUAAAAACCCGUCUAAAAACCACUUUUAUUCCUUGGCUUCUGACCCAGCAUGAGACGGCAUUAGUUUUAUUGUUUUUAUUAUUUAUUUUUGUUUUAUAUUUUUAUGUUAAUAUGUACAGCACUUAUGUCAGCAUUAGUUGUAUUUAAAGUGCUCUAGAUAAAUAAAGUUGAGUUGAGUUAAUAAAUUAUGGAGAUCACUUUAAUCAAUGUGAUUAUUUUUUUUCACAGUGUAUGAAAACAGUCAGAAAUACAUGAGCGUUCAUGUUUAUUUAGAAAACUUAAUAUGACACAGAUUUUCAGCUCCAAAAUAAGAAGACUGAUGACUCGUGUUGUUGCCUUCAGCUGAUCCAGUUCAGCAUCUUCAUGGCGUCUCUGGCUCGUGAAGCGAUGGAGAAGAUCUGCAAGCUUUUCCUCGAGAGUUCGUCUCUGCUGCAGCUUGAGGUGUGUGUUGGUAUUAAACAUUGUGUGUUUGUGUUGCAUUUGUUUGUCAUCUUGGGUGAAAAUCAAUGUGAGUUUAUCAAAAAGAGAGCUCUGGCUGUAAACCUGACAGCUACAGGAUCUAAUCCAACAUUUACCAUGUUUUUAUUUUUCUCUCUUUUUUAAAGUCAUUUGUUUCCUCUCUUCAGGUGACACGAGGCGUUACAGAGAUUAAGGAGCUGAAAACCAGACUGGAGACGGCAGAGACAGAGCUAAAGCAGGUGCUGGAGGGCAGCAGAGGCCAAGAGGAGAUGGAGGUGGAGGAGGUGACGGUGAGCCGGGGACCUCCACCCAACAGAGCAGAAAUGGUGAAGAGCGUUCGUCCAGGGAGGAGGGGUCUCAGAGGUGAGGGGUUCAUCUUCUCACAUUAAAAACAUCAACUUUGACUAAAAACAGACACUUCCUUCUCUCAGUUUAUGUUUAAUGGGUUUAAUUGUUUAAAUACUUAUGACCCAAAAACAAAUGUGACAUUUUUCAGCUGUGGCUGCGGAUCACGCUGGAGGGAAGAGGUCUUCAAUAAUUCACCUGUGGCAGGGCAGGAUGUACGAGGUAAAUCUGUCCUGUUUUUUCAGCUUGGUGAGGUUAAUGUGGGUUUUAUUCUGCUCCUUCUUCCUCACUUCUUGUUCUCGGCCUCCCUCUAUUAGAGAACUCACAUUAUAUAGACUUUGAUUAUUGUUCUAAAUAAUCAUGUGGCUUUACGAGCUCUAAUUCAGAGGACAUUGUCUUUAUUUUGACCUUGUUCAUCCUCUUUCCAUCAGGCCAAUGUCCAGACUGUAGUUAUAAAGGAGGAAGAAGUGGACAUCUUUGCUGACCAGGUGUCCUCAGAUUCUGGUCAGUACAGAGACCAGGAGGACGGUGAGGACCCAGACUAUCAGGUAAACAUUAAAUGCAGAUGCAGAAAAAGCUUUCGACAGAGUUACUGGUCAGUCCUCAUCACCACCCUCCACAGCUUUGGCUCUGGGGAAUCAUUUAUUAACUGGGUCAGAACACUUCACACUUCACCGACAGCCACAGUCAUCACUCACAGACAAACUUCUCCAAGCUUCACUCUGCACAGGGGGAUUAUGUGGCAUUGUAUUAUUAUUUUUAUUGUCAUAAUAAUAAUUAUUAUUAUUAAUUUUAUUAUUAUAACUAAGAUUACUAUUGUUGUUGUCGGUUGUUACAACAUCACCAUCAUUACCCUUGUUUUAUUAUCUUAUUAUUAUUAUUUUAUUUUAUAUAUUUAUUAUUAUUAUUAUUGUUAUUAUUAUUUUAAAUGGAUAAAUAAUUUAUUGAUUGAUUGAUUGAUAAAUUUUUUGAUUUAAUUUUUUUGAUGAUUUUCACUACUUCAGUUGUGAUAUUAUAAUUUCACCUUCAUUAUGAGUAUUAUGUCAGUUAUCUCUAUUUUAUUGUCAUUAUGCCAUUUCAUAUAAGUUAAAUUAAUAUUUAGAUAUUAUUUUAUUAGUCAAACCAUUAUCGUAGCAUUUAUUCAUUUUUAUUUUUUUCUCAGUCAUCCGUUUAGUUUUCAUUUACUAUUUAUUUUACAAAUGUGUACAUAUAUAUAUAGAUAUAGAUAUAGAUAUAUUUUUUUUAAUUUAUUUUUUUCUAAAUUUCUUCCUGGCUGCUGGAUGUCCACAGUUUCCUGCUCAGAGACAAAAGCAAAAGAUGAUCUUGAUUUUUGCUCUUCUGUCAGCUGGAACCAGCAGAUCCAGAUGAUGGUGAUCCAGGACUCACUUCUAGUGUCACCAAGUCCAGGUCCAAUCGGGGGGCAGCAAAGAGGGACAGUCAGAGUCAGCAGCCUCUGAGCCGCAAACACGGCAAGAGGACUUUCACUGCUCAACAUGCUGGAAACAAGGCCAACGCAGAGAAACCUUUCCACUGCUCUCAGUGUGGAAAAAGCUUCUCAUUCCAGAGAAGCCUCUCCGCACACAUGAUGCUUCACACAGGUGAGGCUUUUAAUGGAGUCUGCUUAUUGCCUCUGUUAUAUUUAAGGUCAAUGUUCACUCACAGUGGGUGGUCAGUCUUUUCACCAGGUAUUCACCUACUGAACUAAUGCAGUUUAGUACAGGACAGGUAGUGUACAAAGAGAGUUAACCAGACCAGGUUCACUGUACAGGUUCCUAAACUCAACAUGAUGAGCUAAAAGAGGCUGAAAACCUGAGCAGGAUGUUUCAUUUCACCUGUGGGGCAGAGUUCUGUUUAUACACUCUGAUGAUCCACAUUUCUCUCAUGCACAGGUGAGAGACCACACACCUGUGAUGUUUGUGGGAAGGGUUUUACCCUGAAACAGCUUCUAAGGUGCCACCAGCGUCUGCAUGCUGAUGUCCGACCGUUUCAGUGUGAACACUGUGGAAAGAGCUUCUACCUCGCACGCGGCCUUAAAAUACAUCAGAGGGUCCACACGGGGGAGCGGGCUUACACCUGUGAAUACUGCAACAAAAAAUUCGCAAUCUCAGGCAACCUGCAGCGACACCUGCGCAUCCACACGGGGGAGAAACCGUACAGGUGUGAGACCUGCGGCAAAAGCUUCAACCAGUUGGACACUCUGAAAGUCCAUCAGCGGAUCCACACAGGUGAGCGUCCCUUCAGCUGUGAGAUCUGUGGAAAAAGCUUCGUCCAGAGGAACGUUUGGAAGGUGCACCAGAGGACUUGUCACGCAGGAGAGAACAUCCUGUCAUGUGUAGCGUGCGGCGCUGAGGUGGCUGGUGUGGAUUCUCUUCGCAAACACAUCCAGACACAUGCAGCAACCAUCCCGUGUACGUGUGUGCUCUGCAGUCAGCAGCUCAGCUCCAUCACAGACCUGCGCUCACACCAGCAGCACCACACGGUGGUCCGGCCUCACACCUGCAGCCUCUGCUGGAAGAGCUUUAAGACGUCCAGUUACCUGAAGAUUCACCUGAAGGUGCACAGCGGGGAGAGGCCCUUCUCCUGUGACAUCUGCGGUCACUUGUUCACCCAACUGAGCAGCCUUAAAUCUCAUGAGGUAGGUUAGACACCUUUAAGUGUUUUUGGACUUUAAGGUUUGAAGAGAUAUUACCAAAUGUGUCCCUGUUUGUUUCUAACGUCUGUAUCUGUGCAGCCGAUGAAAAGCUCAAGCUAGUUACCAAAAAAAUACUCAAAUAAUAAACGUUUGCAGUGAAACUCCAAACAAAGUGACAUUAGCCUGAUAACACCUUUGUGAUGGUUACAGAUGAAACCGAGCGCUCUCUCUUUGAGCUGCUACAUCUGUUGGUUUUUAUGAAGGAUCUGACUUCUUCUCAUGAAGACUAAUGACAGUUUUCUCUCACCUGUCCAAAGGUGGUUCACACAGGAGAGAAACCUUUCAGCUGCGACACAUGUGGGAAAUGUUUCAGCAACGCAGGCAACCUGAGCAGACACCGGCGUAUCCACACGGGGGUGAAGCCAUACAGCUGCGACAUAUGUGGACGCAGCUUUAACCAGGGAAACAGCCUGAAAGCGCACCAGCAGAUACACACAGGGGAGAAACCUUUCAUGUGCGACAAGUGUGGGAAGAGUUUUGCCUACCGGAGGAACCUGAAGGAUCACAAGUGUAUUUAUGUCUGA